UACCACAUCCUUUAUAUAAAGCCACCCAAAAACACCCCCCAAAAAUCUCAAGCUUUCUUCAAAGUUCAAACUAAACUAAACCCCCUUACUGAACCCAAAAGAAACACAAGAGCAAAGAGAGGUAGAGAGUUUUGUUUCACUUGGUUGAAAACAUGGACUCCAUGACCUCCUUCAAAGGCUAUGGCAAAGUCGACGAGCUCGAAGAGCAAGCCUACCGGCGCAAGACCCGUAAGCGCUACAUCAUCGUCAUCGUCUCCGUCAUUGUCCUCGUGGCUGUCGUCAUCGGCGCCGUCACAGGCACCGUCAUCCACAACCGUAACAGCUCCUCAUCGCCGUCACAGAACUCCCCACCCGCCCCCGAGUUGACUCCCUCGGCUUCACUAAAAGGCGUCUGCCAAGCCACCCAGUACCCCAACUCGUGCUUCUCGAGCAUCUCUACCCUCAAAAACUCCAACACUACCGACCCAGAAGCCCUCUUCAGGCUCGCUCUGCAUGUCGCCAUUGACGAGGUCUCGAAGCUCAGGGACUUCCCUUCAACGCUGAAGAGCAAGAUCGGGAACGACACCAAGCUCAGCGAGGCCUUGAAGCUCUGCGAGAGCCUCUUCGUCGACGCUGUGGAUAGGCUUAACGACUCGCUCACCUCCAUGGAGGAGGUCAGCUCCGGCGGGAAGCGACUCACUCGGUCGGUCGUCUAUGACCUGAGGACGUGGAUUAGCGCCACCAUGACUGACCAAGAGACUUGCCUCGACUCUCUCGAAGAACUCAAUUCGACUCUGGUUCAGGAAUUCAGGGACGCUAUGCAGAACGCGACUGAGUACUCCAGCAAUGGCUUGGCUAUUGUAACCAAGAUUAUAUAUACAUUGGCGAAAUUGAACGAUCCAGGUCACCGGAGACUGCUCGGGUCCGGACCCGAGUUCCCGAGCUGGGUGAGCCCCGGAUACAGGAGGCUGCUACAAGCUCAGAACGUGACGGCUGCGCAUGUGACAGUGGCGAAGGAUGGGACUGGGGAUUUUAAGACGAUUCAGGAGGCUGUGGAUGUUGUGCCAAAGAAGAACUUAACCAGGUUUGUGAUAUAUGUGAAGCAAGGGACUUACUUGGAGAAUGUAAUUAUGGACAAGAACAAAUGGAAUGUGAUGAUGUAUGGAGAUGGCAAGGACAAGACCAUUGUUUCUGGCAGCUUGAACUUUGUGGAUGGGACUGCAACUUUCAAAACAGCUACUUUUGCUGUUGCAGGAAAAGGGUUUAUUGCCAAAGAUAUGGGGUUCAUCAACACUGCUGGAGCGGAAAAGCACCAAGCGGUGGCAUUCCGAUCUGGUUCUGACCAAUCUGUGUACUACAGAUGCUCAUUUGACGCCUUCCAAGACACACUCUAUGCUCACUCGAAUCGACAGUUCUAUCGUGAUUGUGACAUCACAGGCACCAUUGACUUCAUCUUUGGCAAUGCAGCCGUGGUGUUACAGAACUGUAAUAUUAAGCCGAGACAGCCAAUGCCAAACCAGUUCAACACAAUCACUGCUCAGGGAAAGAAGGACGAGAAUCAAAACACUGGGAUUUCAAUCCAGAAGUGCACAAUCUCGCCACUUGAAAGCAACAUGACAGCUCUAACAUAUCUUGGUAGACCCUGGAAAGAGUUUUCCACAACAGUUGUCAUGCAGUCCACAAUUGAUAUAAACUUGGAUCCAUUGGGGUGGAAAGAAUGGGUUUCUAAUGUUGAACCACCUAGCAGCAUAUUUUACGCAGAGUAUCAAAAUAGUGGACAAGGAUCGAGUGUGGAUAAAAGGGUUACAUGGGCUGGUUACAUACCCUCUCUCACAAAAGAAGAUGCAACCAGGUUCACAGUUGAUUCCUUCAUCCAAGGUAAUGAAUGGUUGCCACAAACUAAUGUGAAUUUCGAGAACUCCCUGUGAGGUUGUGAUCUGAGAAAAUUAUUGUUCAGAAUUUAAACUAUUUAGAAAGAAUGAUUCAAAGUUUAAAGAUAUACUCUUAUUAACAGAAUGAUGCUAUACUGUGUGAAUGCUCUGUUCUCUUUUACACUUUCCGAUCUGUUUUGGAAGGUUAUCUGUAACAUUCUUUCCAUGACACUGAAAAUACAUGCAGAAGUUCCUAUUAAGAAUGAAUUGAAAAUAGUACUGAGCAAAUUCCUGAUU